GCUCCAGGAUUGAGGUGUCGGUGCCUCAGUUGGCGGCUAUAGGGCGCGAUGGCGGUCUGGCCUUCUCCUGCUCCAGUGCGUUGCGGCCUUUCAGGAAUGUCCAAGGCCGCCGUAUGAGGCUUAUGGAGGACCCGUCCCCUCCUUCCUCCUCCCUUCCUCCUCCUCCUCCUCCUCUUCUCCCCUCAUGGAGCCUUCGGAGGGCGACGGAGAAGCAGCGGCGGCGUUGGCCUCUUCCUCGUCCUCCUCCGGGGAGGCCCUCUGGACGGCCGUCUUCGAGUACGAGGCGUGCGCCGAGGACGAGCUGAGCCUGCGGCCGGGGGACGUGGUGACGGUGCUGUCGCAGGACGCCCAGGUCUCCGGGGACGAGGGAUGGUGGACCGGGAGGAUCGAGCAGCGCGUGGGCAUCUUCCCCAGCAACUACGUCACCACCAACAGCAGCAGCAGCAGCCUCAGCCUCGGCGGCAGGCGGAGCCUUGGGCCCCACUUCCCUCGGGCCCCGGCCAUUCAGCUGCUAGAAAUUGACUUCUCAGAGCUUGUUCUGGAGGAAAUCAUUGGCAUAGGAGGCUUUGGGAAAGUAUAUCGUGCAGUUUGGAUUGGAGAGGAAGUUGCUGUCAAAGCAGCUCGUUAUGAUCCAGAUGAAGAUAUCAGUGAGGCUAUUGAAAAUGUUCGUCAAGAAGCCAAACUGUUUGCAAUGCUAAAACAUCCCAAUAUAAUUGCUUUGAAAGGUGUAUGCCUAAAGGAACCUAACCUUUGCUUAAUCAUGGAGUUUGCUCGUGGAGGGUCGCUAAACAGAGUGCUAUCUGGCAAAAGGAUACCACCAGACAUACUAGUCAACUGGGCUGUCCAGAUUGCUGGAGGAAUGAACUAUUUGCAUGAUGAAGCAAUUGUUCCUAUUAUUCACCGGGAUCUGAAGUCCAGCAACAUAUUGAUACUCGAGAAAGUGGAAAAUGGAGACCUGAACAACAAGAACUUAAAGAUCACUGAUUUUGGCUUGGCUAGAGAGUGGCAUAAGACAACCAAAAUGAGUGCAGCUGGGACAUAUGCUUGGAUGGCUCCAGAGGUUAUCCGUUCAUCCAUGUUCUCUAAAGGGAGUGAUGUGUGGAGCUAUGGCGUAUUGCUUUGGGAACUACUGACUGGGGAAGUACCAUUUCGAGGAAUUGAUGGCUUAGCAGUGGCAUAUGGGGUUGCCAUGAAUAAACUUGCUCUUCCUAUUCCGUCAACAUGCCCAGAACCUUUUGCCCGACUGAUGGAAGAUUGUUGGAAUACUGACCCCCAUUCAAGGCCAUCUUUUGCCAAUAUUUUAAACCAUCUAACCAACAUAGAGGAGUCUGGCUUCUUUGAAAUGCCAAAGGACUCAUUUCAUUCCCUGCAAGAAAACUGGAAAGUUGAGAUUCAGGAGAUGUUUGAUCAGCUCAGGGCCAAAGAAAAGGAGUUGCGAACAUGGGAAGAAGAAUUAAGCCGAGCAGCAGUUCAGCAGAAGAACUAUGAGGAGUUACUGCGUCAGCGGGAACAGGAACUGGCAGAGCGAGAGAUUGAUAUUUUAGAGAGAGAACUCAACAUAAUUAUUCACCAACUUUGCCAGGAGAAGCCCCGGGUAAAAAAACGCAUGGGCAAGUUCCGGAGAAACCGCCUCAAGCUGAAAGAUGGCAACCGUAUCAGUCUCCCUUCUGAUUUCCAACAUAAGUUCACAGUACAAGCAUCUCCAACCAUGGAUAAAAGGAAAAGUUUGAUCAGUACCUGCUCCAGCCCUCCUGCUAGUCCUACCAUCAUUCCAAGGCUCAGAGCCAUUCAGUUAACACCUAGUGAAAGCAGCAAAACAUGGGGACGGAACUCUGUACCCCAGAAAGAGGAGGAAGGAGAAGAAGAGAAAAGAGGUCAGAAGAAGAAAGUUCGCACAUGGGGCCCAAGUUCACUUUGUCAUAAAGAGCUAACAGCGGGUGACGAUGGCCUAAAGUCCCUUGUUGAUGGAUCAAGACAAUGGUCAUCCAGUGCUCCAAACCUAGGAAAAGUCCAGAGAACAAUAAUCCCUUUUCUAGGAUUUACAAGCCUAGCAGAAAUGGAAAAUGAAGAUGGUGAUUCUUUGAAAAAUGGGGAGAGCAAGAUGACACAAUCUCCUAGGUCUAAUGCAUCAUAUCUUUGCAUCCCAUUUCAGAAGAAUGAGGACUGGGAUGGCCAGUCCAGUGAUGCCAAUGAGGAGACCACUCCAAUGAACUCUGCCACAAGCACCCCUCAGCUCACCCCCACCAAUAGCCUCAAACGUGGAGGCUCCCAGUACAAACAUUGUGAGCUUGCCUUUCUUGGCUGUGGGGCUGUCUUAGCUGCUGCUGGCCUAGGCUUCGACCUCUUGGAGGCUGGCAAGUGCCAGCUGCUAACCCAGGAAGAGUACGAUGCCCCCAAGGAAGAGAAAAAGAAACGUGAGAGUAUCUUCCAGCGGGCUGGGCGCUCCCGUCAUAGUACCAGUUCUCCUUCAAGGAAGCUCUUUAAGAAAGAGGAGCCCACACUAUUUCUAGGGGAGCCAUCCACUUCGCUUACCCUGCUCUCUUUGUCUUCCAUUUCUGAAUGUAACUCCACACGCUCCCUCCUGCGCUCUGACAGUGAUGAGGUGAUGGUGUACGAGAUGCCUAUCAGCCCUGUGACAGUAAAGGCUCCCUUACCAGUUGUUAAUAACCCACUGGUGAAUAUCCGUGUGGAGAGAUUCAAGAGCGACCCCAACCAGUCCUUGACUCCUACACAUGUGACUCUUUCAUCUGAAGCCCAGCAAGGGGGGCAUAGACGCACCCCCUCUGAAGGUGCCAUAAAAGUGGCUGGUCUACUUGCCAAUGGGUGCUCUUCCAGUAAUUCUCCAACAGGAACACUGGGAGUAGGUGUAUUAAGAACACCCAGUCCAAGUCAGGGUCCAAAUGAUGUCCCUCGACUACCAGACCCCAAUCUCGUCUUUCCUCCAACCCCCAGGCGCCAUAAUACUCAGCAAGACUCCAUGCUGGAGAGACCUAAGACCUUGGAAUUCCUACCUAGGCCACGCCCUUCAGCUAACAGGCAGCGGGUUGACCCCUGGUGGUUUGUAUCCCCUAGUAAUGCUAGGGGUGAGUCCUCUGCUAAUAGCUCCAAUACAGAAACUCCUAGUAACCUGGACUCCUGCUUUGCCAGCAGUAGCAGUACUGUUGAAGAGAGGCCUGCACUACUUUCUUUCCAUGUCAGACUGCCUGAAGAAGAACGGACACUGUUGGACAUGGAUGUUGAAGGGCAGAAUGAGGACAGCACUGUGCCGCUAUGCAGAACUGAGGUCAGAACACACCAACCUGCAGCAUAUGAACUGAAGCCAGAGUUUUGGUCCUAGCAUGAAAUUCAUAAAGGGCUGAUAAACUCUGUUUGAUUUAGUUCUACUUCUUGCACUAAGAAUGCACUUUGAAGAUAUUUGAAGUAGAGUGAUGUUGCUGAAGUCAUAUUGCAGUCUUGUAUCCACUAAUGGUAAUAGGUUAUCUAUUUGUAGCUGAAUGUAGCUGAGCUACACAAAGCUGCAGAGUCCUGAUGUGGGGUUUCCUGUAGUCUUCCUUAUUUCUUCAUUACAGUGUUAAACUGCAACAAGCAAUGUGGUACAGUAUAUCUAAGCCUCCAUACUUAUUUGAUCUGCAAGUGCUGAGAUACUCAGUAUUGGUAUAGAUUUUGUGAUAACCUCAACUCCAAAAUUUUAAAUGUGAUGAUAGACAAUAAUGUUUGUUUACAGUCUGAUAAGCUACAGGAAUAUGUACUAACUGUCUCUACCAGAACUCUUGUCCCAUUU